AUGCGUUUCCCCUUUGUCCUUGCUUUUGUUGCUGCUUUGGCAACAUCAAUAUCUGCCAGUGACGCUGAGGCUGAGAAAUGUCCUCACUUUUGCUGGAAUGAUGGCGACUGCUGGAUCUGCUCGGAACCCCACAAUUGCAAGGUUGUGGCAUUGAUUGAGGAUAGAGAUCGAAGCAGAAAGAAUAGACGAAGUAGAGCUGAUCACGGCGGGGAAAUUGACGGUCCUGCACUGGAUUACCUAAGCGUUGCCAAAAGCGGAGGAGGCGCGUCUGGCGGAGGUGGUGGUUCGAAGGAGUCGCGUCUGGGACGAGCUGUGGACGGAAAAUUCUGGGGACGGUCGGCAGAGCUUGCACGACAUUUUGCCACCGUGCGGAGUCCUGGACCGUCAAUUUUCCAGUCCGAACGUGCUGAUUCCACACGCACAAAGCGUGCGGUUCUCCGCGAAAUUCUGACGGCUGCAGCUUCGGGUCGAGAAAUUGACGGUCCAAACUCCGCUCGGGUUUACAGUCCCAAUGCCAGCAGCCACAAAUUCGCGGCAACUGUCCUGGCAUUUUCUUGUGCUCAUCCUGACGUGCGGGCAUACAACACCCUGGGGAGAUGUUAUAACCCUCGGCUGAGAGACCCUCUCCUCCCAGUCCUUCGAGAGCCUGAGGGUCUAGAUCAAGGCUACGAGACGCUAUUAAGCGGCACUGGUGCAGAAGGCAUCCAGUUGAGCGGUGGACAACGCCAGAGAUUCGUAAUCGCGCGGGCGCGAAUACGUGACCCUGACGUCUUGAUUCUUGAUGAAGCAACAUCAGCCUUAGACCCCCCAACUUGCGCACUUAUCGUGGCCGCUAUUCGCCAAAACCGCACCACCACCAUCAUCACGCACGACGUCGUCUCAAUCGAAGAACAAGACUUUGUCUGCGUCAUGCGAGAAGGCUCUGUCAUCGAGCAAGGGUUCCAAUCGGACCUCCUGCAAGCGGAUGAUGAGUUUGCCCGGAUGCUUCGUACUUGGGGGCUUGACGUUGAAUACGAGCUUCCUGGAUACGACGCAGUUGCAGAGAUCCUCGCAGCGGAGGAUGACGACGAUGAGCUCCCGGUUCACGAACGACACAUGAGCAUGGCGCCUACGCUGGGUGGUAUGCGCCCUGUCACUGUGACACUUGGAAACUGGAUGUUCGAUGUCGUCGCGGAACUUACGAAGACGAGUGUACCUCCACCGCCUAUUCCUACUGCGGCAGAGAAAGACAAGGACUGGCAGAUGAGUCGAUUCAUUCCUCCUAGUGCCUUACCCAGAGAAAAAAUGCCGCAGUUCGAGGGUGGAGCAACUGGACGACUAUGGAGACCGAGCAGCAUGUCGAUUGUCAUUCCCGAGGUUGCGGUUCCCGCUCGUACAUACGACGGUCGUCGUUUCAGCUUGCAGUUCACACCCACUACCCCGAGCUUUCCUGUACGGGAGCCCGUGUCCAUGGUUGAAGAUGACGAGGAGUUCGAGACUGAGAAGGAGGCAGUGUCGUCGUACUUCCAUCUGGCGAAGAACCCCAAGACCAAUCCGACAUCUCCCCACCCCCAGGCCUCUUCGCCAUCCUCCGCGCCGUAUAUCCCACCAUCCCCCCAAAACCAGCCGUUUUCAUCGGGCUCAUCAUCUGCCUCCUAA